UAGAGAUAGAGAGAGAGAGAGAGAGAGAGAGAGAGAGAGAGAAUGGGGAAGAGCAUAAGCGAAGUGGGGGUAGAAGAUUUGGUGGGGGCUGGGCUUACGGUUGAAGAAGCAAUGGUUUUGGGAAGAGAAAUCAAAGAUGCAAUCGGCGAUUCUUCCUCCAAUUGUGCGGCGGCGAACGAGAAUUGGGCUGAGAUUAUGUCUCGCAAUCUGUUGAAACCAUGGCACCCACAUCCCCUGCAUCAGCUCAUCUACUAUUCAGUCUACCAUAGUUACGAUGACUCCGUCAAUGGCCCUCCUCUCUAUUGCUUUCCUUCCCCAUUCCGGUCGAAGAGUACAAACUUGGGGCGUCUAAUGGAAUCCCAUGGCCCAAGGCUAUUAGGUGCAACAAUGUACAAAAAUCCAAUAGCAAGUUUCACACAAUUUCAGCAUUUCUCGGUGCAAAAUCCCGAGAUAUAUUGGCAACUUCUACUUAACGAGCUAUCCGUUCGAUUUUCCGUUCCACCAAAACGUGUAUUGGAUACUUCCGACAAAUCCAAGCAUGGCGGAACAUGGCUACCUGGUUCGAUGCUCAAUGUUGCCGAGUGUUGUCUACAAUCGAGCAAUAAUUUCAAGAAAGACGAUAAUAGCUUAGCAAUUGUGUGGAGGGAUGAAGGCUGUGACGACGAUGAUUAUCAAAUCAGAAGUAUGACAUUAAAAGAGCUCCGCCAACAAGUAAUGUUGGUAGCAAAUGCACUGGAAUUGGGAUUCCGCAGAGGAGAUGCAAUUGCCAUUGAUAUGCCGAUGACAGCAACCGCCGUUAUUAUAUACUUGGCUAUUGUACUUGCUGGAUUUGUCGUCGUCUCUAUAGCUGACAGCUUUGCCCCUAUGGAAAUCGCAACUCGCUUACGCGUAUCAAAGGCUAAGGCAGUUUUCACUCAGGAUUUUAUUGUACGAGGAGGACGGAGGUUUCCUUUAUACAGUCGAGUGGUAGAAGCUGGUCCAGAUAGAGUUAUAGUCAUUCCUGCAACCGGAAAAGACGUAGCUCUUCAAUUAAGAAAUCAAGAUUCUUCAUGGCAUACUUUUCUUUCAAGUGCGCGUCGCCUACCAAGAUGUAAUUACUAUUCACCAGUUUACCAACCGCCAGAUUCCGUCACCAACAUUCUAUUCUCAUCCGGUACCUCAGGAGAGCCAAAAGCUAUACCAUGGACUCAACUUUCUCCGAUUCGUUGUGCUGCCGAUUCAUGGGCACAUCUCGAUGUUCGAGUUGGAGAUGUUUUUUGCUGGCCGACAAAUUUAGGAUGGGUUAUGGGCCCCAUUUUACUCUAUUCCAGUUUCUUAGCUGGCGCUACUCUUGCUCUCUAUCACGGUUCUCCUCUAAGCCGUGGCUUCGGAAAAUUCGUCCAGGAUGCAGGAGUGACUAUUUUAGGAACUGUACCUAGUUUAGUGAAGACAUGGAAAAGUACGUCUUGUAUGGACGGUUUAGAUUGGACGAAGAUAAAGUUAUUUGCUUCAACUGGAGAAGCCUCGAGUGUUGACGACGACCUAUGGCUCUCUUCGAGGAAUUAUUACAAGCCGGUAAUUGAAUGUUGUGGUGGCACAGAGCUUGCUUCGUCUUACAUUUACGGAAACCUUUUGCAACCACAGGCUUUCGGGACAUUUAGUUCCGCAGCAAUUGGUGCGGGAUUUGUCAUCUUCGACGAAAGUGGGACCCCUUAUCCAGAUGAGGAAGCUUGUGUGGGUGAAGUGGGAUUAUUUCCUCAUUACUUUGGUGCGACUGAACGAUUGCUUAACGGCGACCACGAGGAGGUUUAUUUCAAGGGUAUGCCUAUCUACAAUGGAAUGCAACUAAGGAGGCAUGGCGACAUACUAAAGAGAACCGUUGGUGGAUACUAUAUUGUGCAGGGUAGAGCUGAUGACACUAUGAACCUUGGUGGCAUUAAGACAAGCUCAGUGGAAAUCGAGCGUGUGUGCAACUUUGCCGAUGAGAGCAUCCUCGAAAUAGCUGCAGUAAGUGUUGCGCCGCCGAAUGGUGGACCUGAACAGCUGUCUAUAUUUGUGGUACUGAAGAAGGGAUUCAGUGUCGAACCAGAUAUCUUACACAUGAAAUUUGCAAAAGCUAUUCAGGCCAACCUCAACCCUUUGUUCAAGGUGAGGUUGGUGAAGAUUGUGCCGGAGUUUCCUCGAACGGCGUCGAAUAAGCUACUGCGGAGAGUGUUGAGGGAUCAAUUGAAGAAGGAGCUUCACAUACACAGUAAAAUUUAAAAUAUCACCUAUUGUUUAUGAGACCAUUGUAUUAUUCUUUUGAAAUAUUGGAUGAAAUAAUAUAAUAUAAUAUAAUAUAAU